CGGCAGCAGCAUGUUUCGAAAAUAUUUUGCAGUUGCAGUAAUCAUUAUGUUCCUCAUCGAACGCUGCGAUAGUGAUAUCAGUAAUAAAUAUUUUCUGCGCAACAAGCCUUUCCAUGACAACAACAACACAUUCAACAAACACACAUCCACCGCUUCAGUUGAUAACGACGAUGAUGACCAUCAACUAUUUGAAGAAAAUUCCGAAGAAAACAGUAGAAAGGAGCGGUCAUUAUCAUUGCUCUCGCUAUCUCCAUUAUCGUCAUUAUCAUCGUCAUCAUUUUUGCCAUCAGAAACAUCAUCUCCAGUUAUUUCAUUGCCAUCUUCAUUGCUAUCAAAAAACUUUUCUUCAAAUAUUUCAACAUCAUCCCCCAUUUAUAACAGCAAUGUCGGCGAUGUUGCUGUCAGCACUGGAGCUGUUCACAUUGUUACUAAUGAUGCUGCCGCUGAAACUACCACUAAAUUUUCAUUCGACGAUACUAAGAGUUAUAACAACAACAACACGAACGAUCGCUUGAGUGUAAAUAAAGAAUCAAAUGAAUCAUCAUCGACAGACAAAAAAGAUACACAGCAGCUACAACGAAUUAUGCAAGAAACAUUCAACGAGCACUCACAACCUAUAAACAAAACAAAAAGCCCUGAAAAUAUUUACCCCAAAAAAACACAACACAAAAAAACGUCUACAAAUUUUGCAGAUAACAUCUACGAAAAAAAUCACGAAUCAUUAAAAAAGUCAAAUAGAAAAAAACGAAAUACCGCUGUAGGAAGAAAAGUGAUUGAUGGCGCCAGUACUAAUGAUGAUGGACCUCUAGGACCAAUUUGGACUGGUGGCCGCCCAGAAACAUUUUGCACUAGAUGCGAUUAUAAAGAAUUGUUGUACUUGACUCGAAUCGAGUACAUAAAGGAAGACAUUCUACGCAAAUUAAAAUUAGUCGCCCCACCCCGCGUCAACAUAACGAGGAAUGUCACAGAGUUCUGGCGAUCAAAAAAACCGAGCAUCACACAUGAUAGUUAUUUUGAGAAUUAUCAAAAUGAUGAGCUUAAAUCGAAAGAUGAGACUGACGAUGACUACGACGAUGCCGACGAUUUUGAUUCAUUCAGCGAAGAAACAUCAACUGACAGGAUUUACAAGUUUUGUCAGGCGGAAGAAAACCAAACUACUGCUUCCACCAAUUCUUUCAAAUGUUCCAUUGAUCUGCAAGACAAUCUUGAAAAUUACAAAAUCAAAAGCGCAACAAUGGGCGUAUAUAUUCUGAAAAUUAAUAACAGUUUCCAUCACGAGCGUCAUCAUCGCCAUCAUGGCAACCACAGCAGCCACAAACACCAUGACACAAAUCACCAUCAUCACUGUUUAGAACAUAAUCGAUCUCCUAGCCACCACAACGGGCACCGACAGCGAAGACAAGCUGCUCACUUGAACAAAACUCAUAAGGAGUUCAUCCAUUUGAAAGAUCUUCUGUCGGAUGAAGCCAUUCCUCAAGAAUUUGAAAUAGAAAAGCACGAAAUAAACAUGGAUGACAAGGAAUGCAUGUGGUUCGAAUUUGAUUUAAAAAAACAGAUCAACAAAUGGAUAGAUGAUUCAAACAGUAAUUUUGGAUUAAAAAUUGAUCUAAGCGGAACGAAUUCGCUCAUUCACCGGCUGGUAACUCCGUCUUCAGAAGGAAAAAUUGAUGAAAGUCAUCGUCCUUACAUUAACAUAGAGCUCGGUAAGAAGCCAAAGAGUGGACACUCACUUUCAACAAGACAUCGCAGAGACAUCAGCCAGAGUGACAACGAUUGCAACGAGUUCUCCAUCGGUAAAAAAUGUUGCCGGUUCCCCCUUGAAAUAAAUUUUGAAAAUUACUCUUGGAAUUUCAUCAUACAUCCUAGGAUGUUCAUCUCGCAUUAUUGCAAUGGCCAGUGUACUUUGGGCAACAGAUUGGAUAAUCCGGCGACACACAUAACCAACCAGGUUUUGAUCGGCAUGACGGACGUGAACACUCAGUGCUGCACCCCGGUGAAAACUUCUGCUAUAAGACUUGUCUACUUUGACGAUUCAAGCAACAUCAGGAAUGAUUACAUAACGGGAGCGAAAGUUGAUGACUGUUCGUGUGCCUAGAGGUCUCU